AUGGCUUCUCCCAGGUUAGAAACCUACUGCUGCCCGAACCGGGAUGCAGCUACACAGCUAGUAAUGAACUUCCAGCCUGAAGUCUUCUGCGGAGUUUGCAUUGGCAGCGCCUCCGUCGGUCUGCUACUGACCAUCCUGCAGCUCCUGCCGAAGAAGGGACAGAGCCCGCGGAAGAUGCCCAAAGCCUCCUCCUCUUCCACCAUCCUUCUCCUUAUCUCCAUUUGUGACAUCCUUGGUGGCUUAGGUAUGAUCUUCAGGUCAAGUGUAUGGCUAGGCUUCCCACGCUUCAUAGCUAACAUUUCUGUGGUGAACGGGACUGACGUGUGGCCUUCUGCUUUCUGCGUGGGCAGUGCGAUGUGGAUCCAGCUGUUAUAUAGCGCUGGCUUCUGGUGGUUGUUUUGCUAUGCCGUUGAUUCUUACUUGGUGGUAAGAAGAUCAGCUGGACUGAGUACGAUUGUGCUGUACCACAUGAUGACGUGGGGCCUUGCGGUGAUGCUCUGCGUGGAGGGAAUUGCACUGCUUUACUACCCUUCUCUCUCCAGCUGUGAAAAUGGCUUGGAGCAUGCAAUCCCACAUUACAUCACAACCUAUGCCCCACUCCUGCUAGUGCUGGUGGUCAACCCAAUCCUGUUUAGGAGAACAGUAUCAGCAGUUGCCUCCUUACUGAAAGGGAGACAAGGGAUUUACACGGAGAAUGAAAGACGUCUGGGGACAGAGAUCCAGAUCCGCUUCUUCAAAAUUAUGCUGGUAUUCGUUAUUUGCUGGUCAUCCAAUAUCAUCAACGAGAGCCUUUUGUUUUAUCUUGAAAUGCAGCCAGAUAUCAAUGAAAUGCCCCUGAAAAACAUCAGAAGUGCUGCACUGAUCACAUGGAUUAUAAUGGGGGUUCUUAAUCCGAUGCAAGGCUUCCUCUUCACAUUAGCUUUCUAUGGCUGGACGGGAUGGAGAGUGGACCUGAAAUGGCGAAAAAGAGAAAUACCCUGGGAAUCAAUGUCCUCAUCAACUGUGGAUGAAAAUGUCUAUCCUUCACCAGUGAACUACCAAAGCAACAUCCAUGAUUCAAAGAAGAUAUCGACAACUGACAGCCAGCAGACCGAUGAGGCUAUAAGUAUGUUGUCUGAAGGUAACACUAGCGGUGAUGACAGGUUAACCAGGAGCUCUCCCAUCUACCAGGGCUGGUAGUUUAUAGGUGCAGAGCUGGAUCCCACUUCUCACGUUGUCAAUAAAACCACAUCACUGGGUGAACCGUU